AAAAGAAAAGUGGCAUACAAACAAACAUGUACACAAUCAUACUCUUUCCCUAUUCAUUUUCAUGCUCCAUACUUCUUUAUUUCACCUACUACCACAACCUUCUUUGUUCUCCAUUUCCAUAAAGCAAACCACUUCUUUCAACUUCAAGUCUCUCUCUCUCUCUCCCAUGGAUUGAUUUGACAAAAAAAUCUUCAACCAACAAGUUAAUCUAGUAGUAUACAUAAUGAAUCAUGUGAUUCAACAUCAUGCUACCAUUCAUUCUACUAGUCCCUUAUUUUCAUCAUUCAAGGCAAAUCAUUGGUUAGAAUGGAUCCAUUCAAUCAAACUCAUCAAAAGAACAACUUUAGCUACAAUCCAAAUUUGAACAAAACAACUCAAUUAGAUGAUGAUGAUGAUGAUGAUCAAGAUUUCACAGGACUUCUAGAUAUCUUUGUUCAUCAUGCUAGCGACAUUCAUAACAUAUGCAUCUAUGAUAACCAAGAUGUAUAUGCUAAAUUCUCCCUCACUUACAACCCUGAUGAGACCUUUUCAACAAGAAUCAUCAAUAAAGGUGGCAAAAAUCCAAUAUUCAAUGAAAACUUGAGAAUGAAGAUAACUCAAAUGGAUGCUUUAUUGAAAUGUGAAAUUUGGAUGUUUAGUAGGUCAAGAACUCACAUGGAGGAUCAACUUUUAGGGUUUGCUUUGGUACCAAUUUCACAAAUUGUUGGAAAAGGAAAAGUAACUCAAGAUUAUAGUCUUUCUUCAACUGACCUUUUUCAUUCUCCGGCCGGAAUCGUCCGAUUAACACUUUCUUUAGACACAUCUUUGGCAUCCGAAUCGAAAAAUAGUUCGUCGAUAUCGUCGGAGGUUAUUUUUCUUGAUCGAAAAGUUUCUGAAGUUAUGUUAGAUCCAAUUGAGUAUUCGAGAAUUGAGUUUCCUGAUAUAAGUGUUGUUAGGGAGAAUCAACAAAUGGUUUUUGAGUAUUUCAACCUUGCUUGUGCCUCAAGUAACAACAAAAACUCGAGAAAGUUUCUACCUUUUCUUCAUCUCGGUUCAUCUCCUCAACUCGAUGAUUGUGAAAUGAUGAACUUGAGUUCGCCAAACGAGAAUCGAGUUGAUUCCGUUUGCAUCUCUCCGGAUGAAAGCAUUCAGAACUCGGGUUUUGUAAGCUCGACUAUCAUAAACUUAAGUGAUGACAGAAACUCAGCAGAUUCAAUUGAGAAAAAGCAUCAUUUAGGAUGUGAUUCAACGCCAACUUCAAAGAAAGAAGUUGAAUCAAGAGAUGAUGAGAAAGAAAAGGAAUGCAAGAAGGAUAGGAACAUAGAAGCUAUAAAAUUUGGACAUGUUUUUUCUUCUUCACUAGGGAAAACUAAACUUGAAGCUGAAGAAUGUGCUAUGCAGAAGCAAAUAGUGGAGAUGUAUAUGAGAAGUAUGCAACAAUUUACCGAGUCCUUGGCGAAAAUGAAACUUCCGAUGGAACUCGACAAACCUGAAAGAGAAGAUCGAAGUCGUGAUGUAAUUCAAAGUCACGAGAGCGAAAAAUUAGAAAACGCUAAGAAAAAGGAUGGAUCGCGUGUGUUUUAUGGUAGUCGGGCGUUUUUCUAAUAUGAUUUUCAAUUUUGUUCCGCAACUUCAAUUGUGACCGCAAUAAGUCACAUUUGUUUUACAAUAUCAAAGAUCACAAUGUGCAAAUUUUGUGGCAAAGUUUUUACCAAUUCACUAUGUGAUUGAAAUGAAAUAGUGAUUUUGCAUGGUUAUUGUUGACAUUGAUAGUAUACAAAAACAUUCCCUCAAUAAAGUGAAAAAUUUACA